AUGACCAGGAAGGCUGGAGUGAGCCGUAUGACACUAUUGAUGAGAAUUAUCCUCACAUCCUCUACAGUGACCCCUUCUGUUGGGAAGUUCUGGGGGGACAAAACCUGUGCCCCUUUCCUGUCUUUCCUGCCCAGAAGCUGCAAGGAAAUCAAAGAAAGUUGCCACAGCGCAGGUGAUGGCCUGUAUCACCUCCGCACUGAGAAUGGUGUCAUCUACCAGACCUUCUGUGACAUGACCUCUGGGGGUGGCGGUUGGACCCUGGUGGCCAGUGUGCAUGAGAACAACAUGCGUGGGAAAUGCACGGUGGGCGAUCGCUGGUCCAGUCAGCAGGGCAACAGGGCUGACUACCCAGAGGGGGAUGGCAACUGGGCCAAUUACAACACGUUUGGGUCUGCAGAGGCGGCCACCAGUGAUGACUACAAGAACCCUGGCUACUACGACAUCCAGGCCCAGGACCUGGGCAUCUGGCACGUGCCCAACAGGUCCCCCCUGCAGCACUGGAGGAACAGCUCCCUGCUGAGGUACCACACCGACACUGGCUUCUUCCGGAGACUGGGACAGAAUCUGUUUGGACUCUACCAGAAAUACCCAGUGAAGUAUGGAGCAGGGAAGUGCUGGACUGACAACGGCCCAGCCAUUCCUGUCGACUAUGACUUUGGUGAUGCUGAGAAAACGGCAUCUUAUUACUCGCCAAAUGGUCAGCAAGAAUUUGUUGCAGGGUUUGUCCAGUUCAGGGUGUUUAACAAUGAGGGAGCAGCCAAUGCCCUGUGUGCUGGGAUGAGAGUCACUGGCUGCAACACUGAAUUCCACUGCAUCGGCGGAGGAGGAUACUUCCCAGAGAGCAGUCCCUUGCAGUGUGGGGAUUUCUCCUCCUUUGACUGGAAUGGAUACGGAACUCACGAGGGAUACAGCUCCAGCCGGGAGAUCACUGAGGCAGCUGUGCUCCUGUUCUACCGCUGA